GAUAAACACAGAGAACGCUGGGGUGCCACCAAUAUUGAAACAAAAUUUGGACUUGAAGAAGGCAUGGGAUUCCUUUGGACUUUUGGCUUCCUUAUCUUGCCGGCGGCAUUCUCACAAAGCACAAUCCCCACUGCAGGCAAGGACAACACGUGCCCUUUCAUUCUUGGAAUGCCUGGGAGCAAUGGAUUGCCGGGUCCCGCAGGAGAGAAGGGUGAUCAAGGACCCCAAGGAAUUCAGGGACCUCCAGGAAAAGCUGGGCCUCAAGGCGAUAAAGGAGAUCGGGGUCUAGUAGGUGAAAGAGGACCAAAGGGAGACCAUGGAGCAAGAGAACUUCAGCAACUGGAAUCUGAAGUGGCCCGUUUGAAAGAACAAGUGGAGGCUCUGAGAAACGCUAUGCUCAGGAACCAAAAUGCUCAUUUAUUCCCAAAUGGCCGAAGUGUUGGUGAGAAGCUAUUCAAAACCGACGGCUCCCAAGGCAGCUUUGAGGCAGCCAAAGCGACCUGCUUCCAGGCCGGUGGUCUGCUUGCUUCUCCGAGGUAUUCUGCAGAGAACGCAGCCAUCCAGCAAAUAGUUGCUCGUCACAACAAGGCAGCUUAUCUGGGAAUGAACGACUUGCAGUCAGAAGGCACGUUUGCCCACCUGGACGGCAAUGAAGUCAAUUACACCAACUGGGCAAGCGAAGAGCCAAACAAUGCUGGCGGGAAGGAGGACUGCAUUGAAAUAUUUCAGGAUGGCAAGUGGAAUGACAAGUCCUGCACAGAAAGACGGUUAAUAGUGUGCGAGUUUUAAUCUUGGCUGCCAACUUCUGCCCAGUCGCAAGAUAUGCAAGAUCUCUGAUCGUAUUUGGGAAUAUCCAGUGCGAAACCUGUUAGGGAAUGGGGACUAUCCACUGGCCCCCAGUUCCUGUACAAAGCAAGAAACCAUCUCCUCCACUCUGUCUGUAUUUUGACAUAGUCCUCUUUUUACGCAACUCAGGCAUCCAUUUCAAGAGACACAACCCACACUAGCCUGUUUGCUCAUUACGGUACCAUCUUGCUCCUCACUCUGAAGCCACACAACGCAAUAGCAAACCCAUGCAUUUCCACUUGCUCAUUCCAUCUGCGAUUUCCACUUGUUCAUUCCAGUAUUGUUUUUCCCUAACCUGAUUUAUGACCUCUGAACACUGGGAGUGACUUAACCUGCAGAAUCAGUUGGGAAAUCUUUCUGUCCCUCCUCCAUUUUUGGCAUUGAUUUCCACCAUUUCCUGGCCUUUCACUUUCUGAAAUCUCAGGUACUUCACCAACUUCCCCUCAUUAUUGUUCCAGUUGUUAUGGAACAACAUUUUUCUUUUGCAUUUCCCCCAGGGAUAUUCCAAAUGUGUACUUAUGCAGGUGUGUACAAUACAGUGUCCUACGUGCACAGAGCCACGCACCUCUGCUUCUUCUCAUUUAAUUUUUGUUACUUUAAAUAUGUGGCACAAAUAGCCACACAGGCAGUAGCAGAAAACCUGGCACUGGGAGAGCUGGUGUCACUGUGUUCACUGUUACAGAAUCCUUCCCCAACACCUUCAAAGACUACAUACCUUUUAACAUUACUCCAAUGAAAAUAGGGAACUCCUAAAGAGAAGCAGGAUAUUCUGGGAUCAAAUCAGAAACCAGGACAGCUUCUGUAAUCUGGGACUGUCCCUGGAAAUAGGGGCACUUGAGACUACCAGUUGGCAAAAAUGUAUCUAUACAUUUGCACUAAUGCGACUCACAAUAUUGCAAAAACUGUGCUAAGCGGGUACCACCCACUUUGCCUUCUCCCUAAUGUUCUCGUUUUCUACUUGUAUGGAUUUUUAAAAAGAAAGGAUGGAGGAAUUUUUUUUUUAAAUGACCCCAUGAAGUGGUAACUAUUUUACUACUUCAGAUGCAGGGAAAGUUGACUUUUGCCAACUUCGUGCUCAAAUUCUACCAAAAUUGAAGUAGUGGGUGCAGAAUAAAACUUGCAAACUAAGGACUCAGCUAGAUUGGUAAAAAAGGUGUUUUAUAUGCGUUGUAUAUGCGAUAUAACACUAUGGCACCAGAUGGCGCUGUCGAGUCCCAUCCUUUCCAACUGGGUUUCCUUGUAUAAGUUAACAAAAGA